UGCAGUGCUCGGUCCUCGGGUCCUGUCCCGUUGCUUUGUGUGCUCGACUAUGUGCUGCUCUCUCUCCCUCAUCUACAGACCAGACUUCACACCCUGUACCACGUCGAGGGUCCAGUGCGCGACCAUGGAAGCGAACAAAGAGGUGAUGUCGUCGGCAACCAGGAAGUGUUUCCCCUAGUGACCGUCGGGCCAUGGAGCUGAGAUAACUCCGCCCCCUCUGCUGUGGUAACCAUGGGAACGUCCCGAUGCUUCCGUCUGGCGUUCCUGCUGGGGUCUGUGUUAAUGGUCCUGCUCAUCAUCCUCUAUUGGGACGACGUGGGAGCGCUCAAUCUCUACCCCCACGACCCUCAUGACCUUUACCCCCAUGACCUCACCCCCAGCCCACCUCACCCAGCUCCUCCACACCCAACAAACCCCCACCCAGGGACACAGAGGAGCAAGCGACCCACAAACCCCCCAGAACCACAGAGCCUGACCGGCCUGGGAGAGGGGAGGAGGGUGACCCCAAACCCCCAGGGGAGGAACACCCUCCCCAAGUAACAGACUCCUCAGAGCUGGAGGAGAGGUGGAGAGGAGAGGAAGGGAAGCGAGAAGAGGAGAGAGUGAGGCAGGCGGAGGAAGAGAAAAAGAGAGGAGGAGGGGAGGAGACAGGAGGAGAGGAGGAGGCGGAUUAGUCAUAUGUGUUCUGGGAAUGGAACAUUAGAAUUCCCAGGAAUUCGGACGUUUGACCAGAUUCCCAACCGGGAGUUAAACCACCUGAUCGUAGACGACAGACAUGAGAUCAUCUACUGCUAUGUUCCCAAGGUAGCAUGUACCAACUGGAAGCGUGUAAUGGUGGUUCUCUCUGAGGGUCUGCUGGCUCCGGAUGGAAAACCUUACCGCGACCCCCAGGCCCUGCCACCUGACCUCAUACACAACUCCUCCCUGCACCUCACCUUCUCCAAGUUCUGGCGUAGGUACGGCCGUCUCUCCCGUCACCUGAUGAGGGUGAAACUGCAGAGUUACACCAAGUUCCUGUUUGUCCGCGACCCCUUCGUUCGACUCAUCUCCGCCUUCCGGAACAAGUUCCAACAGCCCAACGAAGACUUCUACCGCCAGUUUGGCUCGGUCAUGCUACGUCGUUAUGGAAACGAAAGCGGGACCUCCAGGGUUCCGGAGUCAGCUGCGGAGGCGUUCGAGGCGGGGAUCCAGCCGUCGUUCUCGGAGUUCGUCCGGUAUCUCCUCGACCCCCAGACGGAGCAGGAGCAGCCAUUCAACGAACACUGGCGCCAGGUGUAUCGGCUCUGUCACCCCUGUCAGAUCCACUAUGAUUUCAUCGGCACGCUGGAAAACCUGGAGGACGACUCGGAUCAGCUGCUCCGGAUCCUGGGCCUGGAAGACCAGAUAAAGUUCCCGCCUAGCAACCGGAACCGCACGGCGGCCAGCUGGGAACGCGAUUGGUUCGCUGAGGUUCCGGCCGAGUUGAGGAGGAAGCUUUACAGUUUGUAUGAGCCAGACUUUGAGCUGUUUGGGUAUCCUAAACCAGAGAGUCUGCUCCAUCACUGAUAGGCUGUUUGGGUAUUCUAAACCAGAGAGUCUGCUCCAUCACUGAUAGGCUGUUUGGGUAUUCUAAACCAGAGAGUCUGCUCCAUCACUGAUAGGCUGUUUGGGUAUUCUAAAGCAAGAGAGUCUGCUCCAUCACUGAUAGGCUGUUUGGGUAUUCUAAACCAGAGAGCCUGCUCCAUCACUGAUAGGCUGUUUGGGUAUUCUAAACCAGAGAGUCUGCUCCAUCACUGAUAGGCUGUUUGGGUAUUCUAAACCAGAGAGCCUGCUCCAUCACUGAUAGGCUGUUUGGGUAUUCUAAACCAGAGAGUCUGCUCCAUCACUGAUAGGCUGUUUGGGUAUUCUAAACCAGAGAGUCUGCUCCAUCACUGAUAGGCUGUUUGGGUAUUCUAAACCAGAGAGUCUGCUCCAUCACUGAUAGGCUGUUUGGGUAUUCUAAACCAGAGAGUCUGCUCCAUCACUGAUAGGCUGUUUGGGUAUUCUAAACCAGAGAGUCUGCUCCAUCACCGACAGGCUGUUUGGGUAUUCUAAACCAGAGAGUCUGCUCCAUCACUGAUAGGCUGUUUGGGUAUUCUAAACCAGAGAGUCUGCUCCAUCACUGAUAGGCUGUUUAGGUAUUCUAAACCAGAGAGUCUGCUCCAUCACUUGAUGCCUUACACAUGUGGCUGAGAGCCGUGGAUUUGAACCCUGUAUACAUGCAAGUCCGCCGCAAGGCUGUGCUGUUAGCCCACUGAGCUAAAGCCUAGGCAUUAACUUGGGGAGCUAACGCAACCCUCUAGCUCUCCACGAUCACGAGAGAAGAACCAUUUAAGUGUUUUCUUUCUAAAGGGAAUAGUGCUGUAACAAAAAAAAACGUUUUUAAAUAAAACAUUUUUGGGGAAAUAAA